AUAUUUUGGUUGCUUAAUAGCAGAUUUGCUAAUUUGAGAAAUAUGCCAGUUAAGAGCUUUCAAGAGACGCUCUUUUAACUUAAAUUCUACUUAAGUCCACCAAACCUCAAUUAAAAAAUCUAACAAUUAUAGUUUCUUUAUGCAUCUCUAGCUUUGCAGCUUUGCACUGCUUUUCGUAGUCAAGGGUCUGGGUUUAGCAGCGUUGCAAUAAAUUGUUCGCGGCAAGUUGUUGUUGCAAGUUAUUGCAAUUUUGCAAAGCUGCAACGCCAAGUUAGCACCCAAAGUGUUAUAUUUUUAAUACAUUAGUGCUUAGCCUAAGGCAGCGGCUGAUUUACGGCAUCAACAAGCAAAAUGGAAGGUAAAUUGAAUCCGAAGCGCAAACGGGAGAUUGAGCCAAAGAAGUGGUCGGAGAGGGAAGUCAAUGAUAUUUUGAAUUAUAUGCGAGUGCACAGUAAUAUUGAGAAACCAACUGCCCAAAUCUACUAUAGAAAACUGAUAGACGAGACCAAGUUAGACGCGACCUGGAACUUGGUUCGUUUUAAAGUUCGCCAUCUAAAGGGCGGCUGGCAAAAGGCAGAUGCGCACAGAAAGUCUAUUGUGGCUGGAGGCGAGGAAAGCGACAAGAUCGAUGAAACAACCUUACAAGCAAAAUUGUUAAGGAUGUGCCCCCACUACGAACAACUGAGUGACAUUUUUUCGGUCCGCAAGCAAAUGGAGAUGGUUGUGCGUGACUCUCAGGGAUCUUGGAGCAGUCUCGACAUGUCGCAUUGCGAGGACGAGUCGACAACCGAUCCCCCGAUCACAUCUGGGAUCGGUGACUUAUCGCAGCAUCAAUGGAUGCAAACGGAAGAAAGUUUCAUGAAGAUCGCCUUUGGGUUGAGAGGGAGACGCUCAAAUUGCACCAGGAACAGUUUUUAUGGGCCAAAGAAGUGGAGGAACGCAAGUUGAGAUUAGAGGAACAAAAGUUUAAAUUAGAGGAACGCCGAAUCGCAUUGGAAGAGCAGCGCCGAGAAGAUGAUUUUCAAUUAAAACAGCUAGAACUUGAACUAAAACAUAAAUUACAACAAUAAAUCAAAUACUUGUUAUUCAGCCUAAAACUUUUCCUUGAGGAUACCAAAACCUUUCUCAGCUUGACGCAAUAUUUUCUUAUAUUUUUCGCAUAUUAAAAUAA